UUUAGUCCUUCUCGCAGCUCUUCAUUGUUCGUGACUUCUGUUUUGGUUUUUCUUUCCUCGAUCAAUUUUUGUAUCAAAUUUUUCUCGUUAUUUUAUGUUUCUUUGACCUUGUAGAUGUCUCACCACUGUCCUUAUUGAUUGUAAACAUUUAUAUACCAAACCAUUUAAAAAUUCAUUAGUUUUGAAAGUUGAAACGGGGGGGAAGGGAUGCUCAGCUGAGCCUUCCGGCUAAGCGUCCAGCUGUUUCUAAGAAUAUUCAAAAUGGCGUCCUCUAAUAACAAAAAAAUGGCGGGUAACAUGAAUUCGCUUUGCUGCACAUAUUUAAAAUUUUAGCAAUGUACACACUAGUGAAUCGAGACGAGGAGAGUUCAGUGUAUAAUUGUGUUAAAAACCUGUUAUUAGAAGGAUCAUCGGAGAAGACGAAAUGGAGAGAAGUUCAUCAAGAUUUCGAACGGUUCAACUUGAUGUUUGGAGAGAGGAAAAGGAGAGGACUAGAUUAUACAAGGCUGGGUCAUGUUCCAGGGCUGUGUCAAGCAGUCAAUUACUACAGAGGUUCUGAAAAUCUUCUCUGUAAAAAGGUACCUUUAGUGAAGUAUGUUAGAUCAAUAACACAGAGUGAGGCUGAAACUUAUCAAUGGAUUCCUGUUUCCUUUAUCAUUUUACCUGCACAACUUAAAUCAAAAUCUGACUCAAGAAUGAAAUUCAGUGCAAAAUAUGUGGAUGAAAGAGAGAAGCUUGAAGCAUUUGCCAACAGCCUUAAGGAGAAAGUCUGGAUUGCAAAAUCUUCAUCUGGAGCUAAAGGGAAGGACAUUUUCAUUUCUAAUGACAUAGAAGAAAUUGUGGCUUUUGUUGAUGAGCAGACACAAGGAUUUGUGGUACAGAAGUACAUUGAAAACCCUUUGUUGCUGGAUAAAAACAGAAAAUUUGAUAUAAGGUGCUGGGUCCUCCUGGAUCAUACAUACACCAUUUAUAUUUUCUCAGAAGGAGUCCUAAGAACCUCAUCUGAACCAUAUGAUGUUGAUAACUUAAAAAAUAUCACUAGUCAUCUGACAAAUCAUUGUAUACAGGAGGAAUACUCUGGUAAUUUUGGACUGUAUGAAGAAGGAAAUGAAAUGUUCUAUGGUGAAUUUUCAAGGAAUUGACUACGGAAGGUUUGAGUUAUCACAGUUUUCAACUCUUUGGGUUUGACUUCAUGAUUGAUGCCCAGUUUCAUGUCUGGCUCCUGGAGGUAAAUGGGGCUCCUGCUUGUGCAAAGGCAUUAUUACCAGACCUAGCUAAAGACCUUGUGAGAAAAGCCAUAGACCCUCUCUUUCCAAGAGAUUCUAGAAACGACGAGCCUUUUGAGAGUGGUUCGUCAGAGAGCAAGACUCAAGAUACGACAAAGGGACACUUUGUGAUCAUUUGAAAAACAUUUCGAUGUAACCUCACGCCUGAAUCCUGCUUCUGCCGUACAGAACAUCCAACGAUCACACUCGUUGAUUUAACUCACCAACUGUGUGAAACACACCACAGAGAAGGAAACUCAUGAGUUUGCCUCGAGAUGCUGAUCGUCUAGCUUAAGAGGGCAAAUUGCGGGUUUCAGCCCCACGUCGGUUUCUGAAAACGAAACUUUAAUGUGUAACAUUAAGGGCUGCAAGCUACGAAAUAAAAAGAAAGGCCGUGUCGGCAUUGUGUUCUUUUUGUGAAAGUUGCUUAGAAAGUAGGCUACUGCAGCAGCUGCCCAUGGUUAUUCUUCCCUCUCAGCUGCCAGUUGUUUUAAGUGUCGACUUAGUUGGACUAAGCCGUUUGUAUACAAUAAUUUGCACCUAAUGCUUGAAGAUUCAGACACAACAUAUUUUCCAAUCAUUGUUCGUGUUCCUUCAAACCAUUCUCACAUGUUAUAGUAGGAUUAAAAGUCAUCGGUCUUAAAGUACACUAGUAAAAUGUCACAGAGUCUGUUCAAGCAUAGUACGUCAAAACCCAUAAAGUACAAGAAACAGAUAGAAAACGAGACUGGUCAAACUCUACGAGUUUGUUGUCACUGCUCUUCCACCAUGGCUCCUUCGUCGUAAAAAUGCAAAAAAUUCGAUGAGAACCCUUCCUCGUGCGAGCCUUGAUAUGGGCUCCGAAAAAGGGACAUUGAUCAGAACUUUAUGUGGUCAGCUCUCCUUGGCAGUUAUGACGAAUUCGCUGUACCUCUGGGAAAUUCAGUAAAGCUCCUGAUUGAGUCUCUA